AUGGCAUCUGCGGCAGCUGGCUCUGUUCAGCGUGGUGACCAUGCUGCAAAACUUGCCUCUCUGCUGGCUGGGUACCUACCUACGCUCCAUACGCUCCGCAUCCAUUCGUCUCCCUUCCUACAUAUUUACAAACCCUCGCCGUGGGAAACCCUGACCCAUGAUGUUGUUACGGCGUUGCUUUCAUUGGGCUCUAGGCACAAGUCGCUGCAGGAUGACGUCCACGAAGCCAUUGACGAGUACUUGGAAAAUUGUCACCAGGCAACAGACCGCCUGCCGGCCGUUUUUGAUGCAGAUGGGUCAGGGAUACAGGUCGAGAGCCAUGAAUCUACGGAUGUGACUACUCUAAUGGUAUCGCUAGUGGGAUUUCUCCGGGCCUCGUCCAAGUUCCCCCAUUUUUGGGCACCACUGGAUCGCCUUGCUAUUGUAAAGCAGUUACACAUCAUUCUAUCAGAGAGGUUCCUGGUAGCUGUGGAGACCAUCUCUUCCGGCAUACGGAACUCUCGCUCUCCAGAUCCUUUGCUGCACGACUGGAGACGGUACACCCGCCAGUAUGCGGCUGAUGGACGGCCCCUUGGCUCCAUGCUGCUACAACAGGCCUUCAUGGGCUUUCUAAAGUCCUGCACAUCUCCUGUUGAAAAUGAUAAAGCCCCACCGCUGCCAGAUGAUACCCUUCUCUCCCGAUAUGCAGACAGUGGCUAUGUAGCUAAAUCCUCAGACCGCGGGAUGAUGAGUCUGGUAAAAUACGCUGCAGAAAUCGCGGGUGACCAGAUCAAUCUCCUCGAAGAAGGGUCGGAUUACCUACAAGUUAGCUCCACUUGGCAACAGCGCCUUGCAUUCUUGGUCAAGGCUUUGUCAAUAAUGUGCUCUAUCAACUGCAUCAUGGUUGACCAGGAUUCUGUGGAUCUAGACCUGCUCUUCACAUCCCUAGACAAUACCAUUUCAGAUCCAGACCAAAUGAUGAACAAGGACCUAGCUACUGUUGUCCUUAAGGCUGCUGUAAUUCUAGCAAGGCUAUCCCGAGGCAGUGCAAACGGGCUAACCCGCUCUCUUCUUCGCUUCAUUGUCCAAAAUGGCCAAAGCAGCCCUGUUGUCGCACUGGCUGCCCAAUGUUUGGCCCAGAACCUCCGGCUUCUUUCCCAAGAUACCGUCAUAGGCACCCUAUAUUCUCUCGGAAACGUCCUUAGCUCUGGGUCGGCAGCUGACAAGGCUGCCACUGCUCUAACUGCCGAGUCAGGCACUGGCUAUUCUCAUUCGAUAGAGACUCGUGCUCCCCCCACGAAUGAGAGCUUCUUAUCCCUUGCUAUUGAUGGAGAGGGUGAUACCUCUGUCACAGCUAGAAAUGUGGUACAUGCCAUUGUAACAAUCGCCACUUAUAGUGAAGAUAGCAAGAUUGUCGCCCUUGCACAGUCGAUUCUGGUGCAGAAGAUUGGCAAGGCGAAUGUCGUAGUCGAUGCAUAUAUUAUCCAGGAGACUGCAGCUCUUUCAUUGAAGAGUGAGCCUGCGGAGUUCCGUCUCUUGCUGAAGUUCUACUCUCGUCUACUGCGAGAUACUGUUGCUCAGGGGAAUAACCUCAUGCUGGAGGCGAUACACAAAGCAAGAAAUUACCUUGCAGCAAAUCUCGACCGAAAUAGUGAAGUGUUCAAGAUCUAUCUUGUGUUCCUCCUUGAGAGCUUAGUUAACCAGGGAGCUGCCGUCGAACGUGAAAAGGUCCAUCCAGAGGAUCUUGAGGCAACUGCUAAACAAAUCGCCCCAAUAUUGAAACCUCUUGCUAUACUACUAGCUAGGGCAGGUCGUCUAGAUCAGUUAGCCUCUGGAGUGUGUGACAAUGACGAUAUCACAGAUAUGCUCCGGGAUGCGUGGUUCAACAUUGCAGCCCAUGAUAUAUCACUUCACUCAGAGCUUGGAAAGGCGAACUACGAACAGCUACGUAUCCUCGCGGAACACUCUCCUCCGCUUGUCUCCGAGAACCGCGCUGAACUGCUCGAGAGUGACAUUGAGUUGAAUACAAUUCUAAGGCGUGGCCAGAGCCCUCAGACAACCGUUGAAAAGAAAAAGAACCUAACUGCCGAGCUGCCGGCACAAGAACAUGAUAUCCGACGCUUGAACUACCCCAAGGCACUCUUCCUCAAUGCAACGCUACUCAUAGAAACCCUCCGUGCUAAUUCUGGAGAUUGCACCAAAGUGUUCACCUACUUCCUCGACCCAACCUUGGGUGCCUCGGAAAUGGGCAAUUGCAUGAGAGCAAUUGCGGAUAAAGUUGUGACCGUCUACCUUGAGAAAACUCUCCGAAGCACAUCCGUGAAGUUCUCGGCCCCUUAUAUCGCCAAACAGCUAGCUGAUACUUUUACUGCUUGUUGCCAUCGUAUCGUCCAAGUCCAACAAACUGCUACAUUGGCUGCAAAUAAGAUAAUCAUGCAAUGCCCGUCAGCCCUUUGCCAGAAGCUCUCAUUGUUUACUCUGCUCGACUUAAUUACUUUGCUCUGGUCAUCGUGCAUGGACGAGGAAAUGGAUGAGUUUGCAUGGAACUCUACUUUCACUUCAAGCAGGCGGACGGUCCAGGUUGUUUUAUCAGACAAUUAUGAUUUUAGGAGGCGCACCUUGAAAAACCUCCAUAACUCAGCACGCACUUGGAUCUCAAAUGUUAUGAACAUCGCACCUUUAGAUAUCAAGGGGCUACUGCAGACGUACCUUUCUGAUUACGAUGAUGAUGGCGUGUACGGAAAUAUAAACAUGGGCCGUUCGUUAGCGCUUGAGAUGGGUUCGGCAAUACCCUUUGCCGACCAACGAUUAGGAUCGAUUGAUAACCCAGGCGGCACUGUUCUCAAUGUUGCUUCCGACUUCAUUUCUCAGUAUACUACUCGACAAGAGUACCGGUACUCUGAAGCUGCCCCAGCUCGCAGAGGAAAGUCUCCUCUAGCGAUAUCUUAUGGUCAAAGCACCACCGCCCGGGUGACUGAUUACCCUGACACUGUGCAGGAAGCUCUCGCAGCCCUCGAGCAUCAAAUUAGAACAGAGAAGCAUAUUUCUCUGGACCUUCCUCGACACAUUCUUCGCCGCGCCGCUGCUCUCUUGUGUAAUACGGAUGAUAGCCAUGCGACAAUUAUCGCUUACCUAGUCAGCAUUCCCUUCCAGAUAUUUACGAAGGAGUCCAUCAGGAUGGGAAUUGCUCUGUGGCUAGGAGUUAUCAAUGAAAAACCAGCUAUGGAAUCCAGAAUAUUGGUAGAAGUAGCGCAGGCAUGGGAACGUACUAUUCGUCGCAAGCAAGGAAUCUUCGAUCCGAACUUCAAACAUAAAAAUCCUUUUAUGAACAAGCUUGAAUCAUCCCCAUCGGAUAAAGAAGCGAUCGUCCGGCGUCACAAGAAAGCUCAGAACGUCAUAUCUCCUCAUUUCCUGGCUUUGCAGUUCCUAGAAAGCCAUUUCAGCGCAAGCAGGCUGGGCAGCUUGAAUACCCAGCAGGUGUUUAGACGCCUGGUCAGUGAGACAUUGAUUGCCUUGAGAGAUUCUACAGGCCACCCACUAGCUCGCGAGAUUCACUUCCACAUCGUCCUUUUCAGUCUCAAGGUGCUCCAUUCAUUCUCCGGACAGAGUAAUGUUAGUUCCUGGAAACUCAAAGAUCAAAUCCUCUCUGCUGCACUGAGCUGGUUCAGCCACUCUCCAAGGUGGUCGUUCGGAGGAAAUCGCUUGCAGCUCAAAGCUGAAGAUCAGGUCCUCCACGAUAUAGAGUCUAUGCUGGAGACAGUAUCUUGGAAAGAGGUAGUGGAUUCAAAGUCUCAUAAAUCGCUGCAAGCAAAGCACGACCUACUCCUCAUUCUGAUUGGAAAUGAGCGCUCUCGACUUAAAGUCUGGCUUUCUCCACUCGAUUUAGAAAAGAAAUCGUACUUCUUCUAUGGAACUGGUAACAAGACCGUCACCGAGGAGACUGUCGCGGGACUUCUUCGAUUGGCAUGGAAUGAGAACCCAAGCCUAGCACUUCAGCUAGGAUCACGGUUCCCAUCUGCUAAACUGCGAACUGAUAUCAGAUGGCUUCUACUUAACUUCCCUGAAAAGGCACUUAAGGAACCAAACGCUUUGGAGAUUCUACUUGGGUCAGCUCUUCCGGAGGAUGUCUCAUUCCAGCUCAAGUACCUCCUCUAUUGGGAGCCGAUCGAUCCGAUCUCAGCUGUCACUUAUCUGUUGCCAGCGUAUGGUAACCAUCCGUUUAUUUUGCAAUAUGCCCUUCGAUCCCUCGAGAGCUUCCCCGUCGAUGUUGGCCUUUUCUAUGUUCCACAGCUCGUGCAGGCUCUUCGCUAUGAUGCACUGGGAUAUAUAGAACGUUACCUUUCAAAUACAGCCCAGUUGUCACAGAUGUUCGCCCACCAAGUCAUCUGGAAUAUGAAAGCAAACGCCUACAAGGAUGAAGACUCUCAGAUUCCUGAUCCACUCAAACCUGUGCUGGAUAGAUUUAUGGACUCUGUUAUUGCCAGCUUCACGGACGAAGACAAAGAAUUCUAUGAGAGAGAAUUCGCGUUCUUCAACGAGAUCACCGGUAUUUCAGGCAAACUACGGCCAUACAUCAAACGUACCAAACAAGAGAAGAAAGAGAAGAUCACGGAGGAGCUGCGAAAGAUAAAGGUCGAGGUUGGCGUGUAUUUGCCAAGUAACCCAGAUGGGGUUGUUGUCGGCAUCGAUCGAAAGUCCGGAAAGCCCUUGCAGAGUCACGCAAAGGCGCCUUACAUGGCAACGUUCCGAAUCAAGAAGACGAGGAAUAUCGAAGACGGCAGCAACGCUGCUACUCCCGCCGAAGAGGCGGAUCACGAGGAAGCAAAUUUGCAGCUGUCCCAGGUUAAAGAAUCCGCUGUACAAAGCAAACGUGAGAGCCUAGCUGCGUCUCAAGCGGGAACAUAUGAGGUAUGGCAAUCUGCUAUAUUCAAAGUCGGAGACGACUGCCGUCAAGACGUCCUCGCACUUCAAAUGAUUGCUGCAUUCCGUGAAAUCUUUGCGAGCGUUGGAUUGGACGUCUUUGUCUUCCCAUACCGUGUUGUGGCCACCGCCCCUGGAUGCGGCGUGAUCGAUGUCUUACCCAACUCGAUAUCUCGAGACAUGCUGGGCCGUGAAGCUGUCAACGGUCUGUAUGAUUACUUCGUAUCGAAGUACGGAGGAGAGCAGUCGAUUAAAUUCCAAGAAGCCCGAAGCAACUUUGUGAAAAGCAUGGCUGCAUAUUCAGUUAUUUCAUACCUGUUGCAGUUCAAAGACCGACAUAACGGCAAUAUCAUGAUUGAUGACGCAGGCCAUAUCAUCCACAUCGACUUUGGGUUUUGCUUUGAUAUUGCGCCUGGCGGUGUACGGUUCGAGCGUGCUCCGUUCAAACUAACCACAGAGAUGAUUGCUGUCAUGGGAGGAUACCAUCCGUCUUCGUCAACGGCUGCCUCAGCCACAGCUUCUACAGCCACUACAUCCACCUCUCAUUCCGCAUCGUACAACAACUCUCAAUCAUACCGUUGGUUUGAAUCACUUGUGGUUAAAGCUUUCCUUGCUUCAAGACCUUAUACUAUGAAGCUCUCAAACAUCGUAACCCUCAUGCUGGACAGCGGUCUUCCAUGCUUCACGCCCCAUACGCUGACCAACUUCCGCGACCGAUUUGUCCUAGAGAAGAGUGAACAAGAGGCAGCGCAAUAUAUGAGAGAGCUCAUCAGGAAGAGUUACGCCAGCAUGUCGACCAAGGGCUAUGAUCAGUUCCAACUCAUGACGAACAACAUCCCCUAUUGA